GCGCUGCGACCCCAGGAGGAGCUCAGAACCGUGGAAGCCAGGCCCUCAGCCAGAGGCUCCGUCCGCCAUGGCACCCCUGAGGCCCUUGCUCAUGCUGGCUCUGCUGGCAUGGGUUGUUGUGGCUGACCAAGAGUCCUGCAAGGGCCGCUGUACAGAGGGCUUUAACGCUGACCGGAAGUGUCAGUGCGAUGAACUCUGCUCCUACUACCAGAGCUGCUGCGCUGACUACAAGACUGAGUGCAAGCCACAAGUAACCCGUGGAGAUGUGUUCACUAUGCCGGAAGAUGACUACAUUUAUGAGUUUAUCAAGGAGACCAAAGACAAUGCCAGCUUGAAUGCACAGCCCCAGAGCCCCAGAGUGGACCAGAACUCCUCCCUGACCCCUACCUCGCAGAUGGAGCAAGGCCCUGUUUUCAACCCUGAGACAGAGGCUGCCCCACUCAAGGAGACUCAAAUGCCAGAGGGGGGAACCUCAGGGCUGGAGGCGACUGACCUGAGUCCACAAAUCACGGAUCAGGGGAUGUUACUAGCAGAGGAGGAGCUGUGCAGCGGCAAGCCCUUUGAUGCCUUCACCGACCUCAAGAACGGUUCCCUCUUUGCUUUCCGAGGACAGUACUGUUAUGAGUUGGAUGAAACAGCAGUGAGGCCCGGGUACCCCAAGCUCAUCCGAGACGUCUGGGGCAUUGAGGGCCCCAUCGAUGCUGCCUUCACACGCAUCAACUGUCAGGGGAAGACAUACCUCUUCAAGGGUAGUCAGUACUGGCGCUUCGAGGAUGGAGUCCUGGACCCUGACUAUCCUCGCAACAUCGCUGAAGGCUUUGAUGGCAUCCCAAAUGAUGUGGAUGCAGCCUUUGCCCUCCCUGCCCACAGCUUCAGCGGCCGAGAGCGGGUCUACUUCUUCAAGGGGAAGAAGUACUGGGAGUACCAGUUCCAGCAGCAGCCCAGCCAGGAGGAGUGUGAGGGCAUCUCCCGGUCGGCUGUGUUUGAGCACUUUGCCCUGAUGCACCGGGACAUCUGGACAGAUCUCUUCAAGCUUCUCUUCUGGGGGGAAACGUCUGGUGGUACCAGCCAGCCCCAGUUCAUUAGCCGGGACUGGCAUGGUGUGCCUGGGAAAGUGGAUGCAGCCAUGGCUGGCCGCAUCUACAUCUCGGGCUCGGCACCCAGCUCCAGCUGGGCCAAGAAGCAGAAGUCCAGGCGUCGCAGUCGCAAACGCUACCGUUCCCACCGUGGCCGCAGCCAGAGCUCUCGCAGGUCAUCCCGGUCAUCCUUUUGGGCUUUGCAGUCCUGGUUCUCCAGCGAGGAGACUGGCCUGGGACCUGACAACUAUGAUGAAUAUGAGAUGAAUAGUCGUGUGCCUGCCACCUGUGAGCCCAUCCAGAGUGUCUACUUCUUUUCAGGAGACAAGUACUACCGGGUCAACCUGCGUACCCAGAAAGUGGACACUGCGGAUCCUCCAUAUCCACGUUCCAUCGCCCAGUACUGGCUGGGCUGCCCAGCCCCUGACAGCCUGUAGGAGUCAGGGCCUAUCCUGCUGCACCCCCUGUGCACCCCAAUAAAGGUCCUGUGG